AGAAAAUGUUAAAAAAUGGCAGACGAUGCUAGAUCCGCGACUGAUGCCAGCUCAAAUCUUAUCAACUUUGACAUUGACGAACUGGAUGAUGCUGAAUUGGAUCUCCCAGCUGUAGAAAGCACACCAACAUUGGAAAGCAUUCUUAAUGAGCCAGAUGACUCAUCCUCCGUCUUGGAUGAAGAAGAGAUCCCUCCCAGUGCUGUCCAGCUAUUUAAGGCUGAUUCAGGGGAAACUUCCUCUAUCAGUUCACAAGAUAGUUAUCUCAAUGACCGACCUCGUCAGCGCCGAGACAGAGGUAAAAAGACCUCCAAGCCAAUUCACGGCUCUGUACUCAAGCCGAGCAAGCUGAAGAACAUAUCGGCACAAAUCCUGUCUGCUGCAGAUCGUGUUGAUGCAGGGAUGCCAACAGCUAUAACUGUCUCUGCUCUGAUUGCUAUUGGCACAUCCCAUGGUCUAGUCCUGGUGUUUGAUCCCAAACAGGUCCUCAAGUGGUGCUUAGGGAGCACAGCUGUAGGGGCUCAGUAUGGUGCUGUGUCUUCCCUCAGUUUCAACAAGGACUGUACAAGACUGCUGUCUGGCUUUGCAAAGGGACAGAUUACCAUGUGGGACCUGACAACUGGCAAACUGCUGCGAACGAUCACGGACGCUCAUCCACAAGGCACAGCUGUACUUCACGUAGAGUUCACAGACAGCUUUGUAUUGGCAGUAUGUAGUGACAGUGGAGGCUCUGUGUUUGAGCUGGAGUUUAAACGCUUGAUUGGAGUGAGAACUUGUGAGUCCCAGUGCCUGUUUUCUGGAAGCCGUGGUGAGGUGUGCGUGAUUGAACCCCUCCACAUGAACCUAACCAUCAAAGACCAUCCAAUGCAGGAUGUCAUGGUGUUGGCAAUGGCAUCUCUCUCAAAGGUUUUACUGGUGACGUUACGGCCUACACUUAAAGUUAUGUUUACUCAUCCUUUAAAGGGCGACCCAAGUACACUACCACUGUUGGCGUGGCAGUUUGUGAUCAUCCAGGUAUCAGAGCGAGACCGGGUCAUUGACCCAGUGCUAGUGUUUGCUCGUGACCAGACAAUCUACUUCUAUCAGGUAAUCUGUCAUGGACCCCAAGACAUUCGCUGUUCAGGUCUACAAAAGAUGGAGGUCUCAUACCAGCUUCUCAGUGUCAAAUGGAUGAACCCACGGACUAUUGUUACUCUGGACAAGUCCGAGAAGCUUCAUGUCAUUGAUGUGAGAUCUGAAGAGGAGCUGGAGGUGAUUGACAUUUCUGAGGUUCAGCUAGUAUAUGGCACAAGUUACUUCAAGUCUUUGGCCACAGGAGGGAAUGUCAGCCUGGCCCUAGCUUAUGCAGGAGAGCAAGCCUGCUACCAGUCAAUCACCAGCCAUGGGGGACAACUCUUCCUGCAGGGGACUCGCAAUGUGCAUGUCUUCACCCUCAGGACUUGGAAGGAGAGGCUUGAGGUUCUGGUGAAACAGAACAAAUACCAGGAGGCUCUGGCACUGGCUCUGUCCUUCUACGAGGGGAAGGCAAAGGCAGUUGUUGGACUGACUGGAUCUCAGAAGCAGAGGAAAGAGUUAGUAGCCCAUCUGAUGCUGGACCUGCUGUUCAACUACGUGGAUCUGUCCAUGACCCGCCUGUGCCCUGAGAAGGGCAAGAUAGAGGAGCUGGAAGAGUAUUACCAGGAAAUAGUUCCAGUAUGUGUGGAUUACUCCCUGCAUCUCCAGAGAACAGAUAUUUUGUUUGGCCGUAUUUAUGACCGUUUUGGUGAAGAUGUGAUAGCACAAGGCACAUUCCUAGAAUGUCUGGAGCCAUAUAUACUUGGUGAUAAGCUCACAUCCAUUCCGCCAUCGGUCAUGAAGGAUUUUGUCGGCCAUUAUGAAACUCGGGAGAUGUUGGAUAAUGUAGAGGCCUGUAUUGUUCAUCUGGACAUCACAAGUCUCGACAUUCAUCAGGUGGUUCACCUGUGCUGGGACCAUGGCCUGUAUGAUGCCAUCAUCUAUGUGUACAACAAGGGCAUGUAUGACUACACAACACCCCUGGAGGAGUUGUUGCUGUUACUGACGUCAGCUGUGAAAACCGGCAAACAGCUCACAGAUAGCCAGAUUAAACUUGGGAAUAAACUGCUGGUCUACAUCAGCUGCUGUCUGGCUGGGAGAGCCUACCCCUUUGGAGACAUUCCAGAAGAGCAUGUGGAGGAGGUCAAGGAAAAGGUGUUCAUGACAAUCACAUGUCUGCAUACAUCGAAGCCUACAGAAGAUGAGCCGGCCUACCCCAACCUCCGCUCACUGCUGCAGUUUGACACCAGAGAGUUCCUCAAUGUCUUGGCACUGGCUUUCGAGGAAAGUGAAUUCAAUUCCGAGAAAGGGAUUGCCAAGCGACAGAGGGUCGUGGACAUUCUGCUGCAAAUCAUGGUGGAGAGUGUGGGUUUUACGCCAACACAAGUUGGAAUCCUCUUCACAUUCCUGGCUCGGCAGAUGGCUAGACAUGAGAACACCAUCAUUGUCAACAGAGUGCUGUUUGAACAGGUGUUGGAGUUCCUCUCAAAUCCUGAGGAUGAAUCUCGCCACGAGGAGAGACAACAAGCACUCAUGGAACUGAUCCAUGCUGGGGGACUGCAGCAGUUUGAUGAAGGGAGACUACUCCGUCUUGCAGAAAACGCUAAGUUUUACCGUGUGAGUGAAUACCUAUAUGAGAAGCGGCGUGAAUAUGACAAGAUCCUUGGCUGUUAUCUACGGGAUCCCUCCAGACGGUACCAUUCCUUCAGUUACAUCGAGAGCAUCAUUCAGAGUGACAGAUACACUGCUGUAGAAAAGGGCUCAGUCAGGACAGAAGCUCUCAAAAAUCUACAGGAGCUGGUGUCUAUAGACUGCAAGCAGGCUGCUCAGACUGUUAUUACAUGCCUGGCUGAUAACCUCAGCGAUGUCGUCAGGAAACUGCAGAAUAAACCAACUGUCCUGUUUGAGUUUCUACAAGGAGUCAUAUCCUACAGGGACUCUCAGAGCAGUGCUGUCCACACAGAUCGCCAGAUCACCAUCGAGCCCAAUAUCAUCGAGCUGUAUAUCAACCUUAUGUGUGAGCACCGUCCCCACGAUGUGUGCAGCUUCAUCAAGAUGAAUGAAGGCUAUAGACUUGAAGAGACACUUGAGAUAUGCAGGAAACACAAGGCGUCUGAAGCCACAGCGUACCUUCUGGAGAAGGCAGGAGACAUUCAAGGAGCGUUUGGCAUCGUCUUGGAGAACAUGCAGAGCAAGAUAAAAUGUCUUAUGGAGGUGCUUGAAUCAAGGGAGAAAUCUCAGAGAGAUCCAGUUGUUCUGUUCCAAGAGGUGGAGGCCAUCCUGUUGGUCAUCAUUCAGCUCUGUCAGCGGAACUCUGGCAAGAUGGAUGAAGCUGGACGUGAGGCUCUGUGGUUCCCCCUGCUGGAGAACAUCAUGUCCCCCCAGAAGAGGAUGAAAGAUACAGCAAAUAAACAGAUCAUAGAAGAUUUCAAGCAGAUGACCCACCAUGUAUUAAACAGCAUGAUGGGAUACAUCUCCCCACCAGCCAUACUGAAGAAAAUCAUGCAGGACCCAACCUACAACACUGGUAAGUUCGGGGAGGUGAAGGAGCUCAUCAUCGGGAUGCUGGAGAACUACAACUAUGAACAGACCUUGAUGAAAGCGUGCAAGAACCUACUUUAUCAUGAUCUACAUGUUCAUCUGCGGAGUCUGACCGGUGCUGCAAGUCGAGGCUUUGUUCCACGUGGUGACAGCUGCCACCUGUGUAACCGCAACUUUGUCAACCCCUCAGACACAGACCCAGUGUCAGUUUUCAGGUGUGGGCACAGUUACCACAUUGCUUGUCUGAGGGUGCUGGGGUCUAUCCAUGUGAUAGAUGGAGAGGAGACAUGGGUGUGCUACUUGUGCAGUAAUGCCAAGAGAACAGGUCGACUACACAGCUCUCGCUUCCACCGAUCUCUCUCCAACCCGAGUCAAGCUGCUCUACACAAGCAGGAGAAGUCCAAGUCAAAGGAGUCGGCACUUGAUCCUCAACAUGCUCAAGCCUUUGAAAGUGUCCGGCGAGCAAUGAAGACUCCAUCAAGGCUUGCAAUCCUUACAGAGCUUGCAAGUGGAGAACCGUCAGGGCGAAGGAAGGGCUACAACAGAACUGCUUCCAGCAUAUUCCAGAAUGAAACUUUCAAGCUCAAGCUGGCUCCACCCAUAGCUAUGGAGCUAGCAUAACAA